AUGGCUGAGGAUUUCAAAGGUGGAAAAUCCGAAAUUACCGAAACUAUUGUUGUUGCUGCCGAUCAUGGUAGACUUGAUCUCGUCACAGCGCUCCUAGAGCGAGGAGAGGAUCCGAACACUGUGAACGAGAUCGGAACCUCGGCUCUUCAUAAUGCCGCAAAAGAGAUUACUGGGAUAUCGCCCGCCUUUUAUUCGAUUGCCGUACGUGCUGGUCACAAACAGAUUGCCAGCUUGCUCCUUUACUGUGACUCCUUGAUGGGCGAUAAAAAGGAAGAGGCGAGCAAGAGAGAACUUCAUAUAAACUUACGCAUUGCCGCAUUACUGGGCCAUACGGAAAUCAUCAAGCUUCUUUUAGAUCACAAAGCACCUACUCUUCCCGAGCCCAAAUACGAGACAGCACUGCAUCUAGCUGCUAAGAAUGGCCACCACGAAAUAUAUGGCCUUCUCCUAAAGCACGAACUCGAUCUGGAUAGAUAUCUAUGGAGUCGGAUGACCGAACCGACCGUGGCAGUUGGGGCAAAAGACUCCGAAGAAAACACGCCUUUUGCAUAUGCGGUCCAGAAUGUGUUCGGAAAAACCGUGGAUGUAUUUUUACGCAUCUAUCCCAAGCUGGGCCAGGCCUUUGAUCGAGAGAAAGCACCGUUUUCCCACAAGGCAAUUACAUUGGGAAAGAUUGAGAUUGUUCAAGUUUUCAUAAAACAUGGCACGGAUGUUGAAAUGAAAGGCAGGAAUGGAAACCGGGCCCUUCAUGUGACGGUUCGGGCUAUGGGAUUAUACGGAAAAUCGGUGGAGGCGACGAGCGAGAUGAUUCGACUUUUGAUUGAUAGCGGCGCUUCAGCCAGCUUAAAAAAAACUCAGAUGGCCACACCCCUGAUUGGAAUACCAAUGAUCCCAAGAUUCGGACGUUAUUGCGCAACUAUAUGA